AUGAAAUCAUAAAUUGAAUAAUGUGAAUUAUUGUUGGAAUAAUAACAAUAUUAAGAAUUAUCAAAUGAAAUUAACAGGAUGAUAGAAGAAGAAAAAGAGUAAGAGUUGGAGUUAUAACAAAAGCAGGAGCAUUUAUAGGAAUAAGAAAAGUAAUUAGAGCAACUGAAAAAAGAAGAAGUAAAAUUAUAUUCAUCCAAAGGAAACUUUAAAUGAAUAUUACUCUGAAUAAUUCAACCAUUUGGAAUAAGAAAAACUAUUACUCUAGUAAAUAGAAAAUGAAAUAUAAAUUUAAAAAUAAAGGGAAAUUUAGUUAUAGAUUGAACAAAAGCUAGCCGCUGAAUAAGAGCAAAUGUAUUUUAUAUUAUAAUAUCUUGAUAUGAG